AAAAAUAUAUCAAAAUGGAUGGGUUAACUUCAACUGUAUCCUCUAAUAUAAAAAUACCCGAAACCAUUGUUAUAACAAAUGAAACAAAUGAAGGAUUAAAAGACGAGAGGAAAAAAACUCAAAAAAGACCUAAUUCUCUAAUAUCAGCUGAAGAAUUUCCUAGGAAAAAACAAAAGAUUAAAAAGAGCUGGAAAAAGAAAAAAAUCAUAAGGCGUAAUAAAGGAGUGAUUGAUUUGGACAUCCAAUGCGGAGUAAUUGCGCCACCUGAUAAUACGCCUUGUACACGCUCAUUAAAUUGUAAGAAACAUUCGUUGGCUUCGAAACGAAAUGUGGGUAGAUCACAGUCAUAUGUCAUUCUACUUAUUAAAUAUCAGAAAAACAAAAAAUCUAUUGGGCGUCAUCAAGAUAAUAGCGUAUCAAAAUCAAAUGAUAACGAUAAAAAAGAUGAUAUAAAGAAAGAAGUUUCUACUAAAGAAGAUAAUAAUUCACUCGAAAAAUAAUUCAUAAUUUAAUUCUUUAUAUAUAACAGUUUAAUUUGUAUCAUAAUUUUAUGUAAGCAUUAUACCGAUUGUAUUUAUCAUAAGUGAUUUAUUUUAACCAAAUCGAGAAGUAUACGUUGUAUUAUAU